AGCUGCUACAACCAUAGUAGAGCGAGGGAACACAUCAGGUCAUGAAGCUGCAUCUUCUUCAACCGAUGUGCUUCUACAACCGCCAAUGGAACACCACGACGCACCCCGAGCGUCUAAAAGAAAGCGCUCUGCUGAUAUGGAGACAGGCGAAGAAGUACAGGAAGAACAGGAGCAGGACUCUCAAGAACUGCAUGAUGAGCCGUUGUUACCUACUCUCAAGCAUAUGGAGCAGUUGCAGUUUGCAAUCGGCAAGGAAUGUUUUCUCUACCCGACUGGUUUUGUGGAAGGUGACAGAAGACUCUGCGACGUUCUCAAUCAAGAAAGUGUGGACGUCACAAGAAGUAGCGGCUCCUCUAGUGGAAAGAACGGAGAACGCGGUAAUUGA